GGACCCAAGACUAGCCGGGGGCUAUGAGAAUGUGCCCACAAGAGAUAUUCACAUGAAUCAAAUUGGCUUCGAACAACAUUGGCUCUACUUUCUCAGGGAGUACAUCCGACCCGUUCAAGAAAAAGUGUUUACUGGCUACUUCCAUGAUCCUCCAAAAGCCUUGAUGAACUUUGUUGUAAGAUAUCGCCCUGACGAACAACCUUUUCUUCGUCCUCACCAUGAUUCAUCUACAUACACUGUUAACAUUGCCUUGAAUCGCCCACACAUUGAUUACGAGGGGGGAGGCUGCCGGUUCAUCAGGUACAACUGUUCAAUUCGAGAGAUGAGGAUGGGCUGGAGUCUGAUCCAUCCUGGCCGUCUAACCCAUUAUCAUGAAGGAUUGACAGUAGAAAAAGGAACUCGUUAUAUCAUGGUCUCAUUUGUAGAUCCUUAACUGUGGUUUACUCCUACUCAAAGCCACCAGUUGUCAGGAUCGUCUCCUAUGUUGGCUAUUUUAGAACAAGGACAUACAGUAUGCAUGAAAGUACUACCUGUUACCCAUCUAAAUAUAUCAUCUGUAAUACAACUACCUAUCUGCACAUUUAGAAACAAGUAUCUUUCCUUGUUAAUUUCUCUAUUUUUCCCUUUAUCAAGUAUAAACUUUGAUAAAACAGGGAGAUGGGAUGACUUCCUAGAAUAACAUAUACUUCCAAGAAAUAAUCCCCGUUCCCCUGUUUUAUCGAAGGCUUAAGAAGUAGUCUUAGGUAGGAAGGUGUUUUAGUCAAAAACUUUGUUCUUCAUAUCUCAGAGAGAGAGACAUCUAUCAACAGCUUGUUACAUAUCAAUACUGGAGUUAAAAUUUAAAAUCAUGAAAAGACUAAAAACCUGUUUUACAUUUAUUUGUAGUAAACAUUCGGUAAAUUUGCAGUACUUAUCCUUGGGUCACUAGAGGGACAGGUUUAAUUUAAGCCCUAAAUUUUCACAUCCUUAUGACUAUGUCUGAUAAUCGGUAUCUUUCUCCUUAAACAUGAAAUUCAGGUUAUAACACCUUAUAUUUUUUUUAAACUUUCUUCCAUUCAUAAUUAUAUAAAGAAAAUAAUUUGGGUAAAGUAAUAGUUUAAACUUCAUUCCCUGUAGAUGAAGGAAAUUAGAAUUACGUGCUAUAAACCUUUACGUCUCUACUUAUUUAACACUACAACAAGGUGAUCUGGUUCUCUUUAAUCAACCAAAAACUUAAACAUUCGUUAUUCUGUAGCCAUCCCUACGUCUUACAAGUACGUAACAGUAUAUGUAUGUACAGAGUGUAAUUAUCCAAACUAAACACACAUUUAUGUAUAUAUAACCUUUAAGAAGGUUAUAUAUAUGCCAUAUUUUACCAGUUUUACGAGGUUGCCUAAAUAGUGACCAGUCGGUUUAUGAUUUCUUUAUUCUAACCAAUGUUGUUAUGUAAAUGUGCCAAAUUGUAUCUGUUGCAUUAAUCACGUUAAGCUAAUCAUAAUGCUCAAAGAAUAGUGAAUUAUGUCUAAUUUCUGAUCUAGUCUUACUUAUAUUAAAUUAGAUAUGUUUUCAAUUGUGUUUUUUUUUUUAUUUU